AUGGCUGAGCAGAGCUGGCGGGGUGGUUUCUCUCGACUGGAACAGCCGGCGGGACCAGCGGGCGAAAAAGCAAUUGAACUGCCCCACCGAGAGCAGCAGCAGGACGAGCAAAGAGCAGAGGUUCCUGGGACGGCGCUGGAGGAGAGCAGCCUGAGCGAGCGAGCGAGAGGGACGGACGGAGAUGGGGAGUUAGUUGGCAGGGCGGACGAGGACUUGCAGACGAACGAGGGUCGAAAGGACCUGGGUCGACGGGGUUUCGGCGGCGGCGGCGGCGGCGGCGGCGGCGGGCGGAGCAAGCUGGAUAAUACAGAUGGAUGGAUGAAGACGCAGCGUGGGUGA